AAAGCUUCUACUAUCCAUAGAAGUAGUAGUGACUCUAACCAUUAUUAUUACAUCAAUCUAAGAACAAUUUGAAAUUUUCAAUAAUACCGUGAAAAUUUGCGCCCUGAUCGACACUUAGGCAGAUUUGGGUAGAAGUUUCCGCGAUUUGGGUAGAAGUUUUGAGCGGGAAACUAUAUCUGGUUGUCAUGCACGGACAAAGAACGAAGAGGUGGACUCAGUCCACAAGGAUGUGUGAUGCUCAAUAAAAUUCAGUCAUGGUGAGCGAAGAGACCGAUACGGUAACUCCAGAUUACCAGGAGAAAGCAAUUCUGCAAACUUAAAAUGAGUAAAAGUCAAUCGUGGAAGGAUCUAGAACCUGAAGGUGAGAAAGUGACUGAUCUGAGGCGACCAGGUUCACAGCCACUACAUACACCACAAGCCACGACAAAUGAGCACAGUUUCGCUGCUCUAAAUUCAUCUUCAAAGUCAGGCAUGGAUGAUAUGCGACGAAGAAUUGUUCAACUUAACAAGGAAUUGGAACAAGAGAGAACGCUUACAAAAAAUCUGAGGAGAGACAAGGCAUUGGUUGUCAAACAAGUGCGAGACGAAGAACAGCGAAAAGCGAUCGCCAUGCAAACCGAAUUAAAGUCGAAACUUCACAAAGAAAAAAUAAAUGAGCUCACGGCUUUAAAAGAACAGAUUCGUAAGGAAAAAGAAAAGGAAAUAACGCAGAUAAUAAGACAAAAGGACGAGCUUUUAAGAACUGCUCAACAAGCUUGGGGAAAGGAAAAAGACGAACUUAAAUUGAAGAUUCGUAAUGAACUUCGUGGCGAAACGCGGGAAGACAGCAAACGAGAAUUUGAAAAGGAACGCGGUAGAAUGGAGCAGGAAAUUGCAGAUCUUCAUCGACAGAAACGUGAGUUGGAUGAAACACUUAAGCUUGUCCAGGAUGCUGAUAAAAGAAAAAUAGAAGAUAUUCGAAGAAUACACCACGAACAUGAAGCAGAACUGGAUAGAUUUAAGAGAAAUUCAUGGCAAGAGAGCAGGCAGCAGAUGGCUGAAAUUCGUCAGUUGCUUAACAUAAUUGAACAACUUGAAAAGAAGCUGGGUUUAGAAGCUGGGCAUUCCAUGAGACUCAGACUGGAAAAGGACAACUUACAUGACAUGUUAAAAAAAUCCACAACAUUUGAUACUUGGGACAGAAUGAUGUCCAGUGGGAAAAGUGAGCAGACAACCCUGCCAGGAAUUCCUGAUUCAAAAGGGAAUAGUCAAGAAUUGAGAAUGCUGCAGAGAAAGAAUGUAGAACUUAGUUCUUUGGUUCGCAAGCUGGAUGAGAAAAAUCAACAACUGGCAACUAGAAAUGCUGAACUGCUGGCUGAGUUGGAGAAACUUGAAAAGGACAACAGAGAAAAAAACAGAAAGCUUGAAAGAAAGAAUACCGAUUUAGCCCAAACAAACAAAAGGCUUGAAAGUCGAAACAAAUUGUUACUUGAUGAAGUUAACUCUUUGAAAAAGACUUUAACUAGGAGGAAGGAAAAUAGCGUAAAACAAAGGGGACCUGCAAAUAACGAGGAUGAACUUGGUGAGUUAAAGGCCCAAGUAAGAGAGCAGACCAGGACUAUUGCAGAUCUGAAGCAAAGCAUAAUGGAGAAAGACAGAAGAAUUGAGCUCUUAAGAGGCAGAAAGAAAAAAAGCAAGCAGCAACCAGUUAGCCACUCAUUGCAACCCACAGAUCUUUUUCCAGUAAUUGAUGAUGAUGCCUUAUCAGUUAACUCUGACUUAAGUGAAGCUUCAGAAAUGUCAUCUAGUGAAGAUAUCGACAGCAAAAGGAUCAAAAAGCUUGCAAAAGAGCUUUUGGCUUUAGAACGAGCUUAUGCACUUCUCCAAGCUCAAGUAAGCAGUGCAGUGGAUGCUGAAAGAGAUGAGAUGGCAAAGCAGCAGCUUCAGUCAGACUUGCUUGAAAGUCAAACAAGAAUUCAUGAACUCGAGAGAAUGAUAGACAGUGGACAGGGUUCUGGAUUACAACAAAUAUCUAAUCUCCAAGAAGACAACAAGGCUUUGUAUCAAAAGCUGGUGGCAGCAGAACAGGCACGAGAUAAGGCACAAAGCGAGCUGGAUAAAUACUGCGAGGACAUGCGAGAGUUACAGGAUCAAAGGGAUCUGCUGGAAUUCGAACUGGAAGAAAUGUCACAGUUAUCUACUGCUGGAUCAGAGGACUGGGAUUCCAGAAGAUCAAGAAAUGGCCUUGAAUCAUUUUUAUCGCCGAGAAUGCUGGGUAGUGGUGCUGUUGUUCUUACAUUAGAGGAAGUUAAAGCCCUUCUUGAGGAACUUGGAAAGGAAAAGGACGAUGUCUUGUCUCCAGUACAACAAAGUGCCCUUAAACAAGCCAGAGUCAUGCUGGAAUCAAUGGAUGAGAAAAUCCAUUACAUGGAGAUUACUGAGAUGGCUUUAAGAGACAAAGUUCGAGACUUGGACUUGGGUUACAACAGCGAGUCCCUGAAGUCUGACCUUGAUGAGACCAGAAGCCUUUCAGUACCCACCUGUGAUCGAGAGACACUUACAGACUUGCAAUGGACUGAGCUGGAUAACACUGAACACUACCGAGAGCAGCGAAUAGAAGCAAUGGAUUAUCUAAAGUACGCAAGAGUGCUUACAGAAGACACCUGUAGUAUGACAGAUUUGACCGGGGAAGAUUUGUUUGGUCUUGAAAGCGUGGGUAGUAAUUAUCCUCACUGCUUUCCAGAGAGAGACAUCACAAAUGGGAAGAGUGAUAAAUAUUUCAUGACCGAUCUUGCUUGGCGGGAGUCAGGAGAGUUGGAAAAAUCCCAUCGAAAUGUUCAUUCAUUUACACAUGGAAAAGGUAAAGGGAUUAGUGAGAGGGACAUGGACAUAGAAAGUCGUAAACAUGAAGUAGGAAUUGUGACCGACCUCAGCUUGACAGAACUUGCCCUCAUGGAAAUUAAAUACUUAGAAUCUAUCGAAAACUCUCACGAAGACAAAUCAGAUGUAGUAACGGAGAAGGACGAGGUGGUAGGGUUUUCAUCUGUUGAAUUGGUGGAAACUUUACCUGAGAUUGUGCACGACACAUUUCCGGAAGAUCCCACUUGCACAAAAGAUCAAUGCGAGAUGACAGAGUUGAAAUGCGAUGACAUAGCGAAGUUGAAUGACAAAUGUGUAGAUUACAAGCAUGGUCUUGAAGAACUGGAAAAGAGGAUUGCUCUUUUUGACGUCGAGAAAAAAGAGAAGAGUUGCUCUACAGAGUUAACGUGGAAUGAUAUUGGUAGUUUACAAGAAAAAUGUUAUAGUUAUGAGUGUAUUAUUGGUGAACUUGAAGACAAGAUCUCCCUUUUUGAAGUCGAAAAGAAGGACAAAAGUAGUUUCACUGAGCUUUCUUUGCAAGAUCUCGUCGACGCCAGAUUUAGUGUUGAUACGAAAGAAGCUGAAACCAUAACAGGUGAAACAGAUUUUUUGGACAACGAUGUAUUACCAGAGAUUGUAUUCGAGACCUAUCCAGGGGCUGAGACUAAAGAUGAGGGCGGAACGACUCACGGAGUGUGGGAAGAAGUGGUGGACCUAAAGAACACUUACAGAGAUUACAGGGAGAACUUGGAAGAAAUGAAAAACAAACUUGCUCAGUUUCAAGUGGAGAAAGAUGACAAAGAGAGUAUCACGGAUAUAGCUAUGCAAGAUCUUGCUGAUCUGGAAAGUUUGUAUAAGGAACAUUUACAUGAUGCGGAUUCAGAUUCAAAUUCCAUGGUAAGUCAUGCUGAAAAAGAGUCGCGGCAAUGCAUGACAGAACUGACGUUUGUCGAGCUUUCGGAACUUGAAGAUUUCUACAUUGAGAAUGCUGCUCGUCAAGAAGAAACUCCACCGGUGGUAGAAAAAUGGGAACAAGAGAGCAUGACAGAGAUUACAUAUGAUCAUCUUCAGUACCUUGAAGAAGUAGAAGAGCUUUACAGACAAAAGACGAAUGCUGGUGCUGAUGAAGAGGUAGGAAAAGAAGAGAAAUACACUGCGAUAGAUCUAAUAGUUACAGACCUCGAUCAUUUGUUAGAAGGGUCAUAUAGUCUCCUGGGGUCCAGUGCGGAGAAAACGGACAAGACGACCUCGACAGACUUAACAGUUCCCGUCCUCGAGCUUCUGCAACAAACUGAAAAACCUCAUCAGAGAUGUUCUAAAGUAGACAAGUGUGUGGCUACAGAGGUAACUACUGGUGGUUUACAAUAUUGGGAGCAAGAAGAGAAGGUACAUGGAAUAUGUUUAAAUGGAAGGGAAGACGAAAAAGCAAUUGCUGACAAGGAAUGUCAGCAGAGGUAUGAUGCGGAGAUUUGUACUGACCUCACGAUGUUAGAUUUGCAGUAUUUAGAAGACACUGACGCUGCACACGAAGAGUGUUUGCGAGGAAAAAGCAAAGAAUUUGACAAUAAAAAGAGUGAAGUGGAAAUGUUAACUGUGGAGACAAUGACACAUCUUACAGUCUCUGAUCUUAAGUACGAUGAAAACGUUGAAACGGCUAAUGAAGUGUGCUUUGCUGAGAAGCAUAGUGUUGAAACCAUGACUGAUCUCACUCUAUCGGAGUUAAAUGACUUGGAGGCUGUGAAAGGGCCGAGGAAUGAAUGUACUCUUGAGAGAAAUGAAGAUUUCAGAUUUGUGAACAAAGAAAGUGUGGAGGUAAUGACAGAUUCAACUGCAUCCGAUUUGAAUUACUUAGAAGAUGUUGGAGCUUCUCGUGAGGAAUGCCUUGCUGAUAAACAGGAAGAAUUAGAUUACAGAAUUGUGGACCAAGAAAGUGUGGAAGUAAUGACAGAUUUAACUGCAUCCGAUUUGAAAUACUUGGAAGAUAUCGAGGUUGCUUAUGACGAAUGCCUUGCUGAUAAACAAGAAGAAUUAGAUUUAAGAAUUGUGGACGAAGAAAGUUUGGAAGUAAUGACAGAUUUAACUGCAUCCGAUUUGAAAUACUUGGAAGAUAUCGAGGUUGCUUAUGACGAAUGCCUUGCUGAUAAACAAGAAGAAUUAGAUUUAAGAAUUGUGGACAAAGAAAGUGUGGAAGUAAUGACAGAUUUAACUGCAUCCGAUUUGAAAUACUUGGAAGAUAUCGAGGUUGCUUAUGACGAAUGCCUUGCUGAUAAACAAGAAGAAUUAGAUUUAAGAAUUGUGGACGAAGAAAGUUUGGAAGUAAUGACAGAUUUAACUGCAUCCGAUUUGAAAUACUUGGAAGAUAUCGAGGUUGCUCAUGAGGAAUGUCUUGCUGAUAUACACGACGAGCCUGAAGCUGCAACUGCGAAGAAAGAAAACGCAGAGGUUAUGACAGACUUAUCAGUUUUGGAUCUUCAACGUCUAGAGGAUGUUGAUGCUUCACACAUGCAAUGCCUGUUUUACAAAGACAGUAGAAAAGAUAGGAACGACCCUCCAGAAAGGACAAGUGUUGAAACAAUGACAGAUAUGAAUUUCCAAGGAAUGCUGGAAUCAGCUUCCGCUGAAAAGGAGAAACGUAAAGAACCAAAGUGGAGACGGCGUUUAAGGUCCACCUCAGUGCCUGUUAAUAUGCAGAGUAAGCACACCAUGACCGAGAUGACAGCCAACAUUCUCGAGUACUUUGAAGAUAUAGAAAUUCUUUACAAGAAAACGUUGGUGGAAUACGACGACUUUAGAAAAUCACAUUCUGUUGAGAAGGUUGACAAGGACUCUAUGACAGUUACGACCGAUGAAGAUUUGAAGUAUUCGAAAGACGAAAGUAGUACACGUCAGGAAACAGAAGAAAAGAAAGUCAUGACUGAACUAGCGAUUGACGAUUUGGAUUAUUUGAUGGGUGUAAAAAGUCCUUCCAAAAAUAACGAGCUUGAUAGAAGUUCUGAGGAAAUGAAUAGCACGAGGGGUGUGGAGACCGUGACAAGUGUGGCUUUGGUCUCCAUGGAGUGUAUGGAAGACGAGUAUGAGAGGCCACAGCAGGAACAACCACAGGAAAAAGACUUAUCGUGGGUUGUCAUUGAAAAGGAAAAUACCUUACCAGAACUACAGUACCUGGAUGAGGUAGAACUUUCUUGCCAAGAAUAUCCUUCAGGGGCUGCAGGAAUUGUUCGUUCAAGAGAUGCAGAGGUUAUGACGGACCUCACAACUGCCUAUUUGGAAUACUUAGAGGAAGCUGAGAAUCUUUUGAGAAGUAUUAAUGACAAUGGUAGCCAACUAUCAGGAAUCCUUGCACCUAAGGAGGACAAAGAAGUCAUGACAGAGUUGACAAAGUCCGAUACUGACCAUCUUUGCACAGUGGGAGAUAUCUGCACUGAUGAUACAAAGGCACUUUCAAAUGAUAAUGAAGUCGAAAAAGAUGAUAAGAGUACAGAAACGGAGCUCACAAUAGCAGAUAUUCGAGAUCUCGAAGAUCAAGCUGAAAGUGCGUCUGAGAAGAGAGCUACGCCUUCGUUUCAUGAAUUUGUUCCUGAGAAUUGCCACGCCGAAACACUUAUGGAUUUGCAAUCAGAGUUGGACUAUCUGCCUGUUUUAGACGAGCCUGAUUUUAUUAUGAACGAGGACGAAGACGUAGAUAUCGAAGAGAGUCAGAGUCGAGAUGCUUGUGUCAUGACCGAACUAACAUUUUCUGACUUGCAACACUUGGGGGUAACUGACGCCUGUGAUGGUGUUGGUUUAACGCACUCACGUCGAGAACAAACUGAUAUCGGUGUACAAUGUGCCCUGGAGGAUUUAAGUUCGCUUUUGGAAGAGCUUAGCAGGAAAGCAGAAGAGAAAGGCGCGGAUGUUCCUUCGUGGUUUGUGACAGCCUUAAGGAUGAGACAACCAGGAGUUUUCAAUCCCAUACAUCUUGUAGUGAGACAAACUAAUGAGAUAGAUACAAGUCUAACAGUCGAUCGUCCGAACUUAGGAGCCACCCUCGAGCAUGCCCUAGAGAGGACACAAAUGUCUAACAUCCCUAUCGACAUGCCACACCUCUCUGAAUGUUCACAUGGAUGUUUCUUGUCCAAUGAUGAAACGAAUCUAUUGCCUUCGGGUGCUUCUGCUGCUUCUUUAAAAAACAUUGGUGUUCAAUGUGAUCUUGUUGAUGUCGACGCCAUGUUGGCAGAGUUUAGAAGAAUUCAUCCACAUGACGUGGACAUGCCAUUGUUCGUGUCUGCUAUGAACAUGGCCCGGGAAGAUACAGGCUUUAAUCCCGUAGAAGUGGUUUUGAGGAAUCGCAGUGAUUCUAAUCCUGUACAAAAUAAAGUGGCUACCGAACCUAAUAACAGUUUCAAGGUUGAAUUGUCCCGAACGCCACCUCCUGAAAAGGCCACUUUCACCACAAGUUCACCGCUACCAGCCCAAUGUGCAGAAGAAGAGCAUUCAGAAUUUCCCGAAGCGAAUAACCCUUUGUUAUCAUCUCAAAAUGAAAGUGACAGCGUUUUGAACCGAACAGACGAGGCAACUGAUCCCAUCCCGGAUGGCGAAGGUAGAGACGUGUUAACGGACAUGCCACGUGACGAUAGUGCUGUGAACCGGUUUAACAAGUUUCUGAAGGAAAGAAAGGAUUCUGAGUUACGGAAUCUGAUGGCUUUAAGGCAGGGAAUAGAUGACCGCUAUCUACAAGAUACAGGAGAUAUCAAGAGCUUAAAAGAACUAGAAAUAGAAAACGACCUGCUUAGAAAACAGCUGCUAAUUUUGGAAAACGCCAAGGGUACUGAAGACCUCGAGGAAGAAAACAGGCAUCUCUGGGAGAAACUGAAAGAGAAGACAGAGGAACUUGAAAAAGAGAGCACCCUUUUAAAGGAGAAAGUCCAGUCCCUGGAAGAUAUAGAGGAGGAAAAUGCGCUAAUUAAAGAGAAAAUGAAAGUUGUCGAAGCAGAUGUAAAGAACACAGAGAAGGAGAACGACGAACUCAGGGAAAAAGUCAAAGUUCUUAAAGAAGCUUCCUUGAUUUCAGAUGCAGAGGUGAAGAAAACCAAAGAGGAAAAUGAAGAACUAAAAGAAAACAUAAAAACUCUGGAACAAACUAUGGAAACUGAAAAGCUUGAAAGGGAGAUUGAUUACCUAAAGCAGCAAGCAGUGAUGCUGUCAGCUGAACCCGAGAGAGUCAAAGAACUUGAAGAGGAGAACGAAAUUCUCAACGAAAAAAUCAAGGCUCUAGAGCCAUCCGCUGAUGAUGUGGUCUGUGAAAACACAUUGUUGAAAGAACAAAUCAAGGAACUUGAGCAAAAUGAUAAACUACAGGAGCUGAAAGAUGAAAACAACAUGCUCAAAGAUAAAAGACAGAGCCUGGAAGAUGCUUCAAACAUCGAAUAUGGUCGCAAUCAAGACCCUUCUCCAGAAAAGCAGUUCAAGAUAACAGAUGAAACUGGAAAGAGAGAAAAAGAAUUAGAAGAUGAAAAUGAGGUGCUUCAGGAAAAAGUACAGAUUUUGGAAGAGUCUCUGUCUUCAGAACGAUUGGAAAACGUGCAGCUCAUGGAAAAGAUACAAGAUCUGGAACAUUCAACGGGAAGGGUUGUUGAAAAACUCGAAGAAGAAAAUUCAGUCUUAAAGGAGAAUAUCCAAAUUCUGGAAGACACUACCUCUAACAUGAAAACACUUGAAGACGAGAAUACACUACUUAGAGAGAAGAUUGAAAGCCUUUACAGUACAAAGACGAAAGAUUUGUCUAAAGAAGAUUUCGAGACUCUUCAGAAAAAGAUAGAACAGCUGAAGGAAGCAGAGAAGACAAUUGCUGCAUUGAACGAAUCCAAUACAGCAUUGAAAGCAAGAAUAGAUAUUUUGCAGUCGGAGAGGAAAAUUAACAAAGAGGUGUCUUCGGAUCCUUCUGAACAGCUUGGAAAGGUUCGACUGUUAUUAGUACAAGAUUUUGGUUUGACUACAUCAGAGGUGGAAAGUGUUCUUGGGUCAUGUGACCUUGAAGGUCAUGUGUCGUCGGGAAGGGCUACCCCGCGUGAUGAAUUGAACAAUCUGGGUCGUUAUUUUGAACAGGCUGACAGACUAGUGCGGUCAGAUGUUGGUGAUAUACCGAGCUCGGUGAGCAAACUGAUACAGCACCUAACUGACAUUCCAGGGAGAAUUAAUCAGGUCAACUUACCCAUACUAGAGAACAUAACAAAAGAGCUUGAAAAUCUGAAACAAGAAAACAGAAGACUUUGCGAAGAACUUAGAGAAUUAAGGAGAACGGUUGAGGACAGGCAAAACACUGAAAGAUUAAACGAGGAAACACAGACCGAUUAUGCUGAGUCUUCUGUUGACAAAGCAGUUAGGAGUUUCGAAAACUCUCGAUAUGUACCCAGUUCGAUACCAGGCUCCAUCGAGGAGACUAUAGCACCGCAGGUCCGCUCAACAGUUGCCACUGAAAUACGUUACCUUGGCGACAGUCGUUUGGAGUUUGAGCCGUCACCUCAAAGUCGUUAUAGAGAAUGUACAGCUUUCAGUGGGAAAGAUGAUCCAGUGGACUAUUUAGCGCUAAUAAAUGAUUUUGAAAAUACGAUGCCUUCUCAUAACGAAAGUACUUUCGACUCUGAUGACCUCAUUUCUGAACCAGAGCUUACGGUUUCCCAUAGGAAUCUGGACAACCAAAUGGAUAUUAUCGACCAACGUAUUCAAGAUCUUCGUUAUAGAGGCGAAAAAGAUUCUGUUCUUACAGAGGACACCAGUGGAGACAGACAAGGCUUUGGUGAUCUUGUCAUUUUUAAUUCAGACGAUGAGGGAGAUCUUCCUCCCCUCCCUGAAUCCUCUCCACCACCUCUCCCGUCUGAACUACCGCCGGAUUUCACGGAGUCUUCGCCACCCGUCCAUUAUGGACUGGAACCGUUGUUAAAUAGUGAUUCUUCUCCACCUAGAGAUGCAGCCACUCUCCGGGCAUCAUCCCGACAGCGCCUUUACUCAGAAAAUAAACCCUCCUCUGAGGUGUCACAACCUUCUUCCCGAAUGGAAUCUCCUGUUCUUGUGGAGGAAACUACCUUGGUCCUCGAAUCAGACCCCAGCGAGCUGGGUGGAAUCUAUCCGAGAGAGGAGCCCACGCCAUUAGCCGUCUCAUCUGGUAGGCGGCCAACAGGUUUAGAAUCUAUAAAACUCGAUGAUUCAAAAACCAGGGUUCCCCGUCAGGUACUUCCCAGACCGAAAAGACUCCUUUUGCAAAAGCGUGAACCAGCACCGUUAAACCAACCAGUGGUCUCAUUUGCAAAUUCUAAUUUAGCUUCGUCAAUGCCGUCCCAGUGGUUACGUGAUGAGGAGGAUGGAGUCAUUCCUCCGCGGGGAAUUGUUCUUAACCGGGCCGCUUCGAUCAAUCGUGGUGAAAUAGACGCGCUUAACGAGAAGAUUGGGUUCUUGGAGAGGCAGCUCAAAAACAAAGAAAAUGCCAUACGUUCCUUGAAGACCGAAGCAACUGAACUGGAGACCCAAUCUUUGCUUGAACGAAAAGGUCGUGAACUGAGAAUCCUGGAUGAAGAUGUGGCAUUUUUGAAAGAAGAGAAUCAAAAGAAAGAAAAAGAACUUCUUACUAAGAUUGAACAGUGGAAAGCGGAAGCCAGCAAUUCAGAGAGACAGAGACAAAGAAUGGAAGCAGCAUAUAUGAAUUUACAGAACCAGCUAAAAAGUUUGCAUGGUGCGGAGAGAGAACUCGCCGAGUUGCAAACCAAAUACAGUGGAAUGGAAAAGCAGAACUUUGAGUUAAGUGAAAAGGUAAAAAAGUUGGAAAAAAGUGAGAAAGAAUUUAAGAAACUGGAACAUAGCAUUCAAAUACUACAGGCACAAUUACAAGAAAUGGACAUCGUGGAGCAAGAUCGAAAUAACUUGAUCGAAAAAAUGAAAGCGGUAGAGAAUCAAAGAGAUGACCUACUCAGAAAAGGACGGAUGGUUGAAACAGAGAGAAACGAUUUCCAACGGAACAAUAAGCUUAUGGAGAUGCAAAGAGAUGAUUUAAAUAGAAGAUGCUCCGUGUUACAAAAGACAAAUACCACCUUAAAUACCAGGUUGGCACAACUAGAACAUGACGUAAGAGAAGCUCACACAAAAAUGCACGAUUGUCAACACGAAAGAAACUUCCUCAAAGUACAACUGGAAAAAAUGGAGGCUGAAAGAAAUGAAAUGCAAACUAGACUUGCCCUCACGACACAAGAACGAAAUUCACUAGAAAAUCAAGUGGCGGAAUUGUACGACCUUAACAGAGAUCACGUUAAACUUGAAGACAGUUUUCAUUCUCUUCGUAUUCAGCUUGCGGAAUCUAUGCGUCAAAAAGAUGACACUGAGAUGCAAAUACCAACCUUGAAGGCUAAGAUUUCCUUGCUUAGGAUAGCGUGUAAAGAAAAAGACGAUCUUGUCGAGAAACUAAAUGCAGAAAUUCGCGAUUUACGUCAUUUCAUAUCAACAUCUACUCUUGACGACCUUUCGAAAAUCCGCAGCUUCGGUUACGCGCAAGACAACUUCAAGGAGUUACCUACUCAUCGGGAUCGAGAGAAGCAGAUCGCUAAACAAGUUCCUAAGUUGUUCGAAGCCUCACCUCCGGGAGCCAAAAAAGCUAAGCGCUUUAUUGCGUUGUGUGAUUACGACCCACGUAACUCACCUUCAUCUGAACACCCUGAGUUGGAGCUCAUACUCAAAGAGGGAGAUCUCCUGACCGUUUUCGGUGAUAUGGACAUCAAUGGGUACUUUGAGGCGGACGUGAACGGGGAACGAGGCCUAGUCCCUAGUUUAUAUGUAGAAGAAGUCGAGGACAAAAAUGACUCUGAUCUUGCGCUAGAGGAGCAGUUAAGAAUUUCUCACAGGAGGGCACUGAAACAUGGUGCUUUGAACAGGAGCAAGGAAGUUCAGUUGCAUCCAGAUAUCUUUUCCUGCCGCCGUGGUAACUCAUCUUCAGGGGCCUCUUCUACAGGACUUGAGAAACCUCAUUGCUUAGUGGCCGUGCACGAUUACGAUCCUUUUUGUUCUGGUGUCCCUGGAUUGCCGCCUCAUGAUCAACUACCACUGAAGAAAGGUGAUAUUAUGACAACAUUGGAAGAUCAGGAUGCAAAUGGGUUUUACCGCGUUUUUCUUAAAGGUCAAACAGGAUUUGUUCCUGGAGAGAUGGUGGAAAAGGAAUCUUUUUCUUUAUUGCGGCAACCUGUGAACAGUAAAGCUCCAGAGCAGAUAUUAGGAAUGUUACAUAAUAAUCCCGGACAGGGACAACCAGAAGCUACAGCUUCUGACCAUGCCACACCGCUGUCAUCGAUGGGAAGUGUGAUGUCACUAACUCACGAAGGUAAUCCUAACGGUCCCCAAUUGUCAUUAAAUCAUACGCGUCUUCCCGGCAGUCCAAACAAACUACCCAGUGUGGGAUUAACAAAAUUCAAGCCAUCACCGGACGUAGAUAUACUGGGUGUUAUGGCUUCUGUGACACAGUCCUCACAACAGUUAGUCCCGCUGUCCUCCCGAAAACCAGCCAAAAUAUCGUCAGCACCCGCUGCCUCCAAACAGAUCGUUCCUUUCGUGUCAACUAAGUCAAGAUCUAAAAAAGUUCGCCCCAGUGCUCCAAGCAACUUUCGCAUUAUUCGGCCGGUGAACCACGAUGCUAUGUUGCUGGGAUGGACUCUACCAGAAAUGGACGAGUUUGGUAGAAGCAGCGGUCUUUCUGUGAAGGGAUAUAAGAUUUCUGCGAAUGACGACGUGAGGCUCGAUGUUCAUAGCCCUUAUAUGGCCAAGGCUUUGGUCGAGGGUCUUGAACUUGGUCUGCCUAUCAAAUUUAGUAUCAAAACAGUGGCUGAAAAUGGCGCAUCCUCUGAAACUGUUACAGCAACAUUUGACGACAUAAUCAAAGAGAGUUUAUUGGAUUCGCGUGAAGAAUAUUUCGAGGAUUUGGAAGAUGGGCAGCAAUAUAGAACGUUUGUAGCUCUUUAUGACUACGAUCCAUUUAAAAGUUCACCCAAUCAAAAUCCUGCUGCUGAAAUGAGCUUCAAAGAAGGGGACAUAUUACAAGUGUUUAACACUCUCAGAAAGGACGGCUAUUUCGUAGGAAAGCUGAAAAACAAGAAAGGUCUGAUCCCAUCCAACUUUGUAGAGGAAAUAGCUGUGGCCUCGCCUCUGCGACUGGCUGCUGCUAAGAGACGAAAAGCAGCUCUUCCCAGUCCCACAAGGCUGCAGUCAGUAGGAAUUAACGGUUCACCAACUGUUGGAGCAAAGAAUCCAGUGGAAGUGAAUAAAAAGAUUAUGGUGGCCCUUUAUGAUUACAAUCCAGAGAGGCAAUCACCACAAGAUAGUCCAGAUUCUGAACUCCCGUUGAGAAAAGGACAAAUCUUCGCUGUUCUUGGUGACAUGCGCGCUGAUGGCUUUUAUCACGCUGAAAUUAAUGGUGAGCGUGGACUUGUUCCUGGAAGUUUUCUCAACAAAUUCACCACUGGGGGAACUGGCAGUGGUCUAGAGUGUGGAAUUCCCAAGCCAGUAGAAUGGUCAGGAUCACAAAGUGUUGCUAUUGGACAUAGCCCACCUUAAAGCUCCACGUGUUACUAAAUUCCCCUUUUGAAUUUUUUAUGCACAUAUGUUGAUUGUACACCCACCUAUGCUGCAUCAGUUACUUUCAUUAUCUCAUGUUUGAGAAAUGUUUUAGAUUUCACCUCUAUAUUUUUAAUUUUUGUAGAAAUUGAGAUGUAAAAUUUAGGAAUAUAGUUUUCAUCAUGAUAAAAGCAAACAAUUUUUAGGACGUUAGUCUAGUGUGUUGGCAAGCUCUAUUUUACAGCUGGAGUAGUUAACAAUAGUAGAUAGUACUAAAUGAUUAGGACAGAGUAUGAGAUUUUUCAAUUUUUGUACAGACUUGUAUUUUAUCAGACCUCAAAGGUGUAACACAUGUGACUUAAACUGAGUGUUGAUAAAGAUGUAAUAUAUUAUGGAAAGGAAAUCUGUACAUUCCAACAAGUUUAAUAAACUACUAUAUCUCUUUUUAGAUAGACUUACAUAUUUUUCAUUUAUCCCUCACACUUCAAAAUACAAAUUGUGAGUGAAAAUUAAAACCCUGAGAUAAAAAAAAGCAGAAACAAAGUUUCAAUUUCUUGAAGAUAAUGAGUUCCAAACCUCAGCCAUAGCGACUCUACAUUGAGAGUCUAUGGUGAGCAAGGCCCAUUACAGAAUACCUUUUUUUUAAAUAGAAUAGGAAGAUGGUAAUUAUUUAGUUCUGUUAAAAAACUAAGAAAGAUGUUUUUGCCUUGUCAGGAGUGUGGGACAAAGAAAAAAUUCAGAGUCUCCAUGAGGAAUCCAAAGGUCUGAGGUUUAAUUCCUCAUGUGGACUCAGUCUCCAUGAGGAAUCCAAAGGUCUGAGGUUUAAUUCCUCAUGUGGACUCAGAAUUUUUUCUUUGUCCCGUACUUGUAACAAGAUGAAAAACAUCUUUGUGAUUAAAUUAUUUGUAUGCAAGAGUAAUACUUGGAGGGGUUCUACACUGACACCUCUUGGUGCAAAUCUUCAAUAUUGGAGUUACGGUCUGAGUAUUUGUAGGAGAAAGGUGUCUCACCUUCCUUUUAAUUGCACAAUAAUGGUUGUUUGUGACAAAGUCUUGGGGGAUAAAAAGUAAAUGCUCAUUGGCAAAUAUUCUUCCCAAAUCUUACUUGCCAUAAAUUAAGUGAAAGUCAUAGAAACACUAUGACAUCAAUGAUAGACCUCCUUAAUUAGACCAAUAAGAUUGGAGUUGUGAACAAAUACUAAAUACAGAAGCCUGUCCCCUGCAUAACUCGAUUACAUUGUUUUCACUCGGAGAUUAUGCCCCUUUUUGAAUACUGAGGCCCUAAAAAAGACUUUUUGUUUUAGGGGUGCAGCAGCAUGGAACAGUCUGUCAGUUGAGGCUAAGCAAGCCACUACCUUAAAUAGCUUUUAUUCUUCUAUUGUAUAAUAUUAAUAACUUACUUUUAAGAUUUCUUCUCAUUAGAUUGUAGUUUUUAAGUCAUAGUUGUAAAGUAUUAGGUACUACAUGUUUAGGGUUAAUGCACGGCUCUUUUGAAGACCACUUUUCUUUUAGUGAUAAGGAUUCCGUGAUUAAAUAAAGUGAUUAAAGUUUU